CCACGGGGAUCAGUUUCCGGAAGUCCAGCGUGCCCGGCAAUCUCGCGCGGGCUGGAGCCAAGAUGGAGGAGUACGCCAGAGAGCCGUGCCCCUGGCGAAUUGUGGACGACUGUGGUGGUGCCUUUACCAUGGGUACCAUAGGUGGCGGUAUCUUUCAAGCCUUCAAAGGUUUUCGAAAUUCUCCAGUGGGAGUAAACCACAGACUCCGGGGGAGUUUGACAGCUAUUAAAACCAGGGCUCCACAGUUGGGAGGCAGCUUUGCAGUUUGGGGAGGGCUGUUUUCCAUGAUCGACUGCAGCAUGGUUCAGAUAAGAGGCAAAGAAGAUCCCUGGAACUCCAUCACUAGCGGUGCCUUGACAGGAGCCAUCCUGGCCGCGAGAAAUGGGCCGGUAGCCAUGGUUGGGUCAGCUGCGAUGGGAGGCAUUCUCCUGGCUUUGAUUGAAGGAGCUGGUAUCUUGUUGACAAGGUUCGCCUCUGCACAGUUUCCUAAUGGCCCUCAGUUUGCUGAAGACCACUCCCAGCUGCCUUCGAGCCAGUUACCACCCUCACCCUUCGGAGACUACCGACAGUAUCAGUAGGACAUCUUUCCCAGGAUCCUCUAACUGGG